AUGCGAUUUCUCAAGGCGCCGAUCCUGACGUUAAACUUAUUCUGUGGGCUCACGCCAGCUCAGCCAUCUACCCCGCCUUUGUCUACCGAUGGCCAGCUCAUUGAAGGCCAGCCAAUGCCUGAUGGAUGGCAUGCCGUGCAUCUCGACGGCAGCGAAUCUAGCUUCGCGGCCCUGGAAGCAAGCGCUGAUGCGAACACCACAGCCAAGCUGACUGUGUGUGAGCUAAUCAAGGUGUGCGAGUCUGGUCUUUUCAAACUAGCCCAAUGUGCUAUGGUGGGAAGUUUUGUGAACACGAUCACGGCUGGUAUUGCGGGCGUGAUUUGGGGCCAGGGCAAGCAGAAGAGCUGCACCAAGAUCAGCGGCAAUUUGAAUGGGUUGAGAUAUUGA